CCGCAACGCCGUGUUCAGAUCUUCAUGCACAAAUCAGCGAUGCAGAUGCAUGUGCGCGAGAUGAGCGGAAGAUCGGAGGUCAAGCCACACCAGUGUCAGCAAUGUCUGAAGUCCUUCAGCAGCAACCAUCAGCUGGUUCAGCACAUCAGGGUCCACACCGGCGAGAAGCCUUACAAAUGUUCCUACUGCGAUCGCCGCUUCAAGCAGCUCAGCCAUGUCCAGCAACACACCAGACUGCAUACAGGUGAACGUCCCUAUAAGUGUCACCUUCCGGAUUGUGGACGGGCUUUCAUCCAGCUGUCCAACCUCCAGCAGCAUCUCAGGAACCACGACGCCCAAGUGGAAAGGGCCAAGAACAGGCCCUUCCAUUGCAACAUCUGCGGCAAAGGUUUCGCCACCGAGUCCAGUCUUCGAACACAUACGUCGAAACAACACGCCGCUCUCAUUGGGGGCCCAAAUGCCACUUCGUGUCCGCUGUGCCAUAAGAUGUUCCUCGGCGGUGAAGCCCUCAUGGAACAUAUGAAGCAUACACACAAAGACCCCAAUGCAUCGGGGGUAGCCAUUGACGUCAUCGAUCCUUAUUUAGCGAAGAGAAGGACGGCGAACCAUCCGUGUCCCGUUUGCGGGAAACACUAUGUAAACGAAGGAUCGCUCAGGAAGCAUCUGGCCUGCCAUCCGGAAACGUCGCAGUUGACGAGUUCACUACGAAUGUGGCCGUGCUCCGUCUGUCAGGCAGUCUUCACCCACGAGUCAGGACUCCUGACCCACAUGGAACACAUGAGGAUGGAUCCCAAGCAUCAGUUCGCUGCUCAGUACGUGCUGUCGCGCGCCGCAGCGGAGAGACGCGAAAGGGAGACCAUCCUUGCCGCCGUUUCUGCUUCCGCCUCCAGCAGCGGACUUCUCGGUCUCACAGGGAUGGGUGGAGCAGCGAGCUCGAGUCCCAUGUGCGCAUCGCCGAGCGCCCACAGCGACAGUUCCUCAGGUAACGGUCGCCUGUCCUCAGCAGGAUCAGAAGCGGGCGGACUGAACAACAACAACAACAACUGCAACACCAAACUUGGCGAUAUCUUGAGAAAUCAUAAUUUCUUAGGUAACAACGGACUCCAUCAGCAGUACAACGUCGAGGAGCAGUUGCACAACGCCAAUCGGAUGGCCGUCAUCGCCAACAUGGUGAAUCAGGGAGGCGUUCCGCCCGGAUUGGGAUCGGAUUCCUCUUCGGCGGCAGCGAACAUCGCUAAUAUCGCCAACCUCGCCAUGAGACUAGGCGUGACCCAAGCCAACCAGGUGAACAAUUCGAGUAAUCCGUCGACGCCUCCAAUAAGCAACGAGACGCUAUCGGUGUCCGCUAUGAACGCAAUGCGCGCUUCCAUGGACAGCAUCAGGAAUAUGGAUGCGAUGCGGUCCUCGGUGAUGGACAUGUCCUCGCCGCAACCCUCUCAGCAACAGGACGCCCUCAGGAUGCAGCAGCACGCGGCAGAAGCCCUGCUGCGAUCGCAAGCGGAGGCCGCCCUUAGAAUAGCCAUGAGUCAGGCGCUACCUCAAUUGAACCAACAAGAAAACAACAGUCCGUUGAGACACAAUGGUAACUACCAGAGCCACCAAGGACAAUCCUCGCAGCAACUGAGCCCUGAUCUGACGGAGGCGCUGCGAUUGCAGGAACAGCGAUUGGAACAGGCCCUUCGACUACACGGAAGCGAUCCCAGGUCGCUAGGCUUUACAUUAUCCAGCCAACAGCAGAACCAACAGCCCUGAAAAUUCAGCUACUACUGAACGUACGCAUUGGACGCACCCAAAAAAGUAAAAGAAAAAAAAGAAAGCACACACACACAAAGUCAGGUUACGUUUUUCCAUUCUUAUUAUUCUUUGAAACAAUUGUUUACAAAAAAAAA